CGCAGAGCCCGAUUUCCUGUUUGGCUGACUCAGUCACGCGUCUGUUUGGCGGGAGUUGGUGGCUGAUGUGAGGUCAGGUUUGUGUGGAGAGAGGCACAGUGCUUCCUUCCUUGAUCUCACAGACCUUCAUGGAGACCAUGUUGAAGUCCAACCCUCAAAUGCAGCAGAGGAAUAACCACAGUGGUCAAGAGACCAGCCUUUGGUCCUCAGGCUUUGGGAUGAAGAUGGAGGCCAUCACUCCAUUCCUGGGGAAGUAUCGCCCCUUUAUGGGUCGAUGCUGCCAGACCUGUACCCCUAAGAGCUGGGAGUCCCUCUUCCACAGAAGCAUAAUGGAUCUGGGCUUCUGCAAUGUGAUCCUUGUGAAGGAGGAGAAUACCAGGUUUCGGGGCUGGCUGGUUCGCAGGCUCUGCUAUUUCCUAUGGUCCCUGGAGCAGCACAUACCCACCAGCUCUGAUGCCUCCCAGAUGAUCAUGGAAAACACUGGGGUGCAGAACAUCCUCUUGGGGAAGGUUCCAGGAGCGGCUGGAGAAGGCCAGGCACCUGACCUAGUGAAGAAAGAGGUACAGCGCAUCCUGGGCCACAUUCAGACCACACCCCGUCCCUUCUUGCUUAGGCUGUUCAGCUGGGCACUGCUGUGGUUCCUGAACCGCCUCUUCCUGAACGUUCAACUUCACAAGGGACAGAUGAAGAUGGUCCACAAGGCUGCCCAGGAGGGCUCUCCACUUGUCUUCCUUUCUACACACAAGUCCCUCUUGGAUGGGUUCCUGCUGCCUUUUGUACUGUUCUCCCAAGGGCUCGGUGUGCUCCGUGUGGCCUUGGACUCCCGUACUUGUUCCCCUGCUCUCAGAGCUCUACUGAGGAAACUUGGGGGGCUUUUCCUGCCCCCAGAGGCCAACCUCUCAUUGGACAGCUCAGAGGGCAUCCUUGCAAGGGCUGUGGUCCGUGCAACGGUGGAGCAGCUGCUUACUAGUGGUCAGCCCCUGCUCAUCUUCCUGGAAGAGGCCCCUGGGUACCCAGGGCCCAGGCUUUCUGCCCUGGGCCAGGCCUGGCUAGGACUGGUAGUCCAGGCGGUCCAGGCAGGCAUCGUCCCAGAUGCCACACUGGUACCAGUUGCCACUGCCUAUGAUCUGGUUCCAGAUGCACCAUGUAACAUGACUCAUGACCUGGCCCCCCUGGGGCUAUGGACAGGAGCCUUGGCCAUCUUUCGGCGACUGUGCAACUGCUGGGGCUGUAACCGUAGAGUCUGUGUCCGGGUGCACCUUGCCCAGCCAUUUUCCCUCCAGGAAUAUACCAUCAAUGCUCGAAGUUGCUGGGGUAGCAGGCAGACCCUGGAACACUUGUUGCAGCCCAUUGUGCUAGGUGAAUGUAGUGUUGUUCCAGACACUGAGAAAGAGCAGGAGUGGACCCCACCAACUAGCCUCCUCCUGGCCCUCAAAGAAGAGGACCAGCUCCUGGUCAGAAGACUGAGCCGGCAUGUUCUGAGUGCCAGUGUGGCCAGCUCAGCAGUGAUGAGCACGGCCAUCAUGGCAACACUGUUGCUGCUGAAGCACCAAAAGGGUGUGGUCCUGUCACAGCUCCUGGGGGAAUUCUCCUGGCUGACAGAGGAGACACUGCUCCGAGGUUUUGAUGUGGGCUUCUCAGGGCAGCUGCGGUGCCUGGCCCAACAUACGCUGAGCCUCUUGAGGGCACAUGUGGUUCUGCUGCGUGUCCACCAAGGGGACUUGGUGGUGGUGCCACGGCCUGGCCCAGGCCUCACACAUCUGGCACGCUUGAGUAUGGAAUUGCUGCCCACCUUCCUGAGUGAGGCUGUGGGUGGUGAGUCAGUGGGGUCAGCAGGGUUGGGGUGCAUGUGGGGGAGAGGAAAAGGUCCCCUUCUUAUGCUGCCCUCUCUGCCAGCCUGUGCGGUGAGGGGGUUGCUGGCGGGCAGAGUACCACCUGAGGGGCCCUGGGAGCUGCAGGGCAUAGAGCUGCUGAGUCAGAAUGAACUGUACCGCCAGAUCCUACUGCUGCUGCACCUGCUACCUCAAGACCUGUUGCUGCCCCAGCCCUGCCAGUCUUCCUACUGCUACUGUCAGGAGGUGCUGGACCGGCUCAUCCAGUGCGGGCUCCUGGUUGCAGAGGAGACCCCAGGCUCCCGGCCAGCCUGUGACACAGGAAGACAGCAUCUGAGUGCAAAGCUGCUGUGGAAACCAAGUGGAGACUUUACUGACAGUGAGAGUGAUGACUUCGAGGAGCCAGGGGGCCGCUGCUUCAGGCUUAGCCAGCAGUCUCGCUGCCCUGACUUCUUCCUCUUCCUCUGCCGCCUGCUCAGUCCCAUACUCAAGGCCUUUGCACAGGCAGCCACCUUCCUCCACUUGGGGCAGCUGCCAGAUUCAGAGGUGGGCUACUCAGAGAAGUUGUUGCAGUUUUUACAGGCCUGUGCCCAGGAAGAAGGGAUCUUUGAGUGUGCAGACCCAAAUCUCGCUAUCAGUGCAAUCUGGACAUUCAAAGACCUGGGGGUACUGCAGCAGAUACCCAGCCCUACAGGACCCCAGCUCCACCUGUCACCUACAUUUGCCAGCCGGGACAAUCAGGACAAGCUGGAACAAUUCAUCCGACAGUUCAUCUGCAGUUAGAACCAGAGAGUGGAACUUGAUGGGACUUGUUAGCCUAGAACUCAAGUGUGUGUAUUCUGGUCAGGACACAGCUAACCUGAACUUACAAAACCCGUGUUUGCGCAUCAUUUAGUGUAAUAAAUAGACUAGGUUAGUUUCUUCCCUAA